UAACUCGAGACUUUUAUAGUUCUGUACAUUUCCAGACAUGUUUGAAAUAGUGUUUUAACGUUAUAACUUGCAGAAUGGUGUAAAAGUAGCUAUUUUUAAUUAUCGCAACAUCUUUCUCUCUGUAAAACUCUUCAAUACCCAUUAGCGUUCAAACACAUUAGCGUUCAACGUUCAGAUCUCGCGGUGCAUAACGUCUUGUUUGUCGGGGCAACUAACGGCUUUGAACUCGUUCACACUCAAUUAAAAAACCACACACACACACACACACACACACACACACACAGAACCUUCCAAAAUAUUCGCUACAACAGUCUCACAAUGGAAACCAACUCCAAAAAGAUAAAACAGGAGGCAUCAGCUGAAGAAGGUAGUUCUAAACACCCGUGGCUCAGUGUCAGCCCGGGUCAGGAGACCUUUCAGGAUUGUCCAGUCAGAAAAAAGGGUCACCAGACUGGGAUCAGCGGGCCAACGACUCCCGGAAACAAAACCAGUUUGGCCUCAGUUGAAACAGGUCACAGUGGGAUGUUUCAGGGCUGUGGAGUUGGUGGAUAUAUGAAGGCGGAACCCGACCACUUCACCCAAACCUCGCCCACACAGGGAGAUGAUAUUCCGGCUGUCUGUUUAACCAUCCAACCAACAGAGGAAGACAUAAAGCAAAUGCAGACUGGCAGAGACGCAACUGGAUACAUUAAACGGCCACUGAAUGCUUUCAUGGUGUGGGCUCACAUACACCGCAAGGUCCUGCAGAAAACCAUGACAAGAGCCAGUAUUAAAAACAUUAACAUUCAGCUCGGGUUGGAGUGGUCCAAGCUUAGCAAGGAACAGCAGGAGCCAUACUUUCAAGUGGCUCAGAAACUGAAAAACAUCCAUAGUCACCAAUUUCCUGAUUACGAGUAUCAACCCAGAAAGAGGAUGCGCAGAGAAAAUUUCACCCCAGUGAGGGAAGUUAGACAGGACGGGGGGCAGCACCAGUCUAGUGUUUCCUUCUUUUCCCCACAAGAAAAGACAACACUGUGUUCAGCUCAGCCCACGUGGCCGGUCCCCAUCAUAUCUUCAUUGGCCCCAGUUGUCUCCCACGAAGUGCACUAUAAUCCCUACUACCUACUACCUGUCCCCUAUGUGUCCAGUCUAAGUUACCAUAUUGAUUUAGCCAGGAGCUUCAUGGAAGAAGGGAGGGAUCACCACUGCAUUUACCUGCAGACAGGCCAGAUUGUUCCAGCCUUCCUCAGCGGGGAAACAGCACAGCAGCCUAACAGCACUCAGAAAGUCCUCAGUGGUUCAUUCACAUUAGAGAGCCACACACAGCCCAGCGUCAUCACCAAUCAGCAGCUGUCUUCAAACAGAAACGAGGCGAACAAAUCUGAGGAGGACAUUGAUGUGGUUGGACUGCUCUAGGAGAUGUUCAGCAAACACUGGCUGAUUUGCAUUUGAGCAAAUCAAAUAUACAUUUUUCAUAUAUUAAUAGUUUAUUCAUUUUAAUUCUACUUUUUGUUUAGCUGUUGUCAUGUAUUUAGAGCAGUCCACAACACUAAAAGAAAUUGUGCUUUUUCAUUGCUACUGAUGUAAACUAAUGCCAGAAACACACAGGAUGAAUGAUGUUGACUGCACACAUGCUUCAAACAACAGUGUAAUCUGCUGCAAUUAGUAAAUCAGCAAUUCUUCUUGAAA